UUUUUUUUUAAACAAUAUUGUAAUUACAACAAAUUCAUUACAAAAACAAGAACAAAAAAAUCAAGGAAAAAUUAUUUUAAUAAAUUUGUUUUUGUAUAUUUAUUUUGAAUUAGUUGCGAAAUUCAUUAUCUAUUAAGGUUUUAUCGGUUAAAUAUUUUAAAGAUAAAAGCAAAUAAAAACCUUUUAUUUAUAUUAAUAGAACGGAAAGCCAAUAAUGUGAAAUACGAAAUAAAAAGUGUGUGUGUCUUUUCUUUUGAAGUUUGGAUAAAUUUAGUUUCAUUUCCAUUUUUUUUUUUGACACCGAAAACUCUUAAUAUAAAUUCCAAUAAUUCUUAAUAUUUCGUGUGCAUAAAUUUAAUAUUUUAGCAUAGAAUUAAUUUUAUUAGGGUGCCAGUGGCAUAAAGUUUUUCUUUCUAGAAUUUUUUAUGAAUUUCUUUUGAUGAAAAUGAUGACAUCACCGUUAUUGAUAUUUUCGAGUAGCUUUAGCUAUUACACCGUAAUAGUUUUGACCAUAUUCAAUCACGUUCAUUAUGAAAAUGCAAUUGUUAGCGCUGAUAUAUCAAGCAGUUUGGUCUUUGAUUCUAAUUCAUGUUUGUUAACGGAGCCUUAUUAUAAUUAUACAUUUAACCUUUCAUUGAGUACAGAUUUAGGACGUCAUAUUAUUGGUAAUUCACCUAACGAACAAAUUGAUUUUAAUUUUUGUUCAAGCUUCGAUCGAAAAUGUGGAGAUAAACAAAAUGUACAUGCUUGCUUAGAGAAGAAUGGUAAAAAAUAUGUUUUAGGAACAAGUCAAAAAAUUACUUACAAUAAUGGACGAAUUACAUUUAUAUAUGAUGGUGGUGAGCCUUGUGAAAAUGGAAAAAAUUAUCAACUAUCUAUUGAUUUACAAUGUGAUUAUACAAUUGAUUCUCAAUUAUUUGGUUUUCAAAAUACCAAUGAUUCCUGUUUUUAUUAUCUUAAAUGGGAAGAUAGUCGUGCCUGUUUACCAGUUCCAGAAAAAAUACAUGGAGAAUGUAAAAUAACUGAUAAAGAUUUUACUUUUGAUUUUUCGCCAUUGGGUGAAUUUAAUUAUAGAGUUUCAGAUAGAGAUAAUUCUGAAUUUAUUAUAAAUCCAUGCCAACCAGUUUUAUAUGAUUUUAAUGCAACAUGUCCAUCUGGUAGCAGUAUUUGUUAUUAUGCAGGUAAAGAGGAAUUAAGUAAAAGAUUUACUAGUUAUGGUACAGCAAAUCCAAAUCCUGUAAUGGAAGACAAUAAUCCUGUGAUAAUAUACAAUUCAGAUAAACAAUGUAAUGAUACGCAUAGCAUGAGAUCGAAAAUUUAUUUCCAUUGUGAUUGGAAGAAUGAAUAUGGAAAUCCAAAAUAUAAUCAUUUUUCGGAAUGUACGUAUCAUUUUGUUUGGUUAACAUCAUUUGCAUGUAGAAGGGGCGAAAAAGAAGAUGAUAUACCGUGUGUUUUACGAGAUCCUUCAACCGCAUUUUUAUAUAAUAUGACAGAUUUGGCAAAUAAAUAUUAUGAAAGCGAUUUUAAUGGAAAGAAGUAUUCAUUUGCUAUUUGUGAAUCGAAUGACGAAAAGAAUGGUGCUUAUUUGUUGAAUGAUGGUAAAAAAGACAGUCGGGGUCGAAUAUCUUCAAUUUUAUUACGUCAUAAAACUGGUGUACCAUAUUUGAGUUAUGAUUCAGAUGUACGAUGCUCAGAUUCGAUGAAAUGGAAAACAGAAAUAUAUUUUGUGUGUCCUGAAAAUGUAUCAAAUGAAAAUAAAAUCGAAAUUUUAAAUGAUACUAAUUGUAAUUUACAAAUAAAUUUUGAAACAAAAUUGGCUUGUCAAUACGAAGUUUCAUGUAAUAUUCCUCAAUAUAAUAUUGAUUUGACUUCAUUAAUUAAUACUACAGGAUACUAUAUUGCAAAAAUUAAUGAUUCUUUUAAGGAUACUAUAAAAUCAAAAGAGUUCUUAAUUAAUGUUUGCCGGCCUGUUAAAAAUAUAAAAUCUGAGAAAUGUUAUGAUGGAUCUGGUGCAUGUGUGGUAUCUUUAGAUAGCAAUAAUAAAAUAAUUGAUGAAUUGAGUCUUGGUCAUCCAUCGGUUUUAACUAAAACUAGUGAAUCAGAAGUUGUUUUAAAAUAUUAUAAUGGUAGCCCUUGCACAGAUAAUCCAAGUAUAAAUUUUUCAUCAUCAAUUAAAUUUUAUUGUGAUCAUAAAAUGGGAAAGGGUUUACCGAUACUUCAAUCAAUAAUCGACAAAUGUCAUUAUGAAUUCAAUUGGGCUACAAAUGUAAUUUGUCCACAACAUUCAGUUAAAUUUAAUGUUGACACAUGUGAAAUAAUUAAUGAUGUCAUUGAUGUUAAAUUUGAUUUAAAGGAUGCAAAAUUUGCUGGUGGUAAUGGAAAAAUAACGGCAAAAAGUAAUGGCAUUGAUGAAAUAAUUGAUCUAUGCAAUUAUAAGAAUACAAAAGCAAAUGUUGAUUAUUCUCACUCUAUGGUAACAUUGUUUUUCAAAUUGAAUAAAAAAUGUGCUGGACAAGAUUCUAAUCAAAUGUUAAUCCAAUUGAAUCUAAUAUGUGCACCAAGUGAAAAUCGGACAACAUUACCGGUGGUAAGUUUUUUAAUUUUUUGGCUUUUAAUUUAAAAUUUAUUUGACAAUUAAAUCUGAUGAAAU